AGGGUUGCGCUGGGCGGAGCGGAGGACCUAGUUGGCAUCUCGGUGGUCCUGGAAGCCGAAGGGGCUACGGCUUAUAGAUUAGAAACGGGUGGCCACAAUGGGGCUCCGUCCCCUCCAAGGCAGCUAGGCGGAACCCGGCCCCGGACAAGCUUCCCUCCCGACAUCGUCCCCGGAUUCUUACAGGCUCCUUGGGCACAAAAGCCCACAACAGCGACAGACCUGCCAGGAGGGGCAACCUUCGCAACCACCUAGAACCGGGGCAGACACCCCACUACGGGCAGCAAAGUGUGCGCACCCGCCGAGGUCAAAAGUUGGGAGUGGUUGGGAGAAUGAGGGUGCUGAAGUCUCGAAUUGGAGAAAUGGACGCUAGCUUCGGAACGCCCCGGAGGCAAGAAGAGGAGAGGCUAGCGGGGUCCUCUUGGGCUACGUUUCCCAAAGUGCACCAUAGAGACAUUGAGUUGUGCUGCGGAAGACUACAUGCCCCAUGAUGCAACACUCCCAACUACACCCUGCCAGUUGGCUCCUGGCUCCUUUUCCGGUGCCUUGCCUCGCCCCGGAAGAUAUAACGCUGCUGGGAGGUUAGCUUCCUCUUUCUAGCAAGUCCAAACCCAGACGGCGCGAGAUGGGCCGGGUGAUUCGUGGUCAGAGGAAGGGUGCGGGCUCCGUCUUCCGAGCUCAUGUGAAGCACCGAAAAGGGGCCGCCAAGCUACGGGCCGUAGACUUCGCUGAGAGGCAUGGUUACAUCAAGGGUAUUGUAAAGGACAUAAUCCAUGAUCCAGGUCGAGGGGCUCCUCUUGCAAAAGUAGCUUUCAGGGAUCCAUACCGAUUUAAAAAGAGGACAGAGUUGUUCAUUGCUGCUGAAGGCAUUCAUACCGGCCAGUUUGUAUACUGUGGUAAGAAAGCUCAACUCAACAUUGGCAAUGUCCUCCCAGUUGGUACUAUGCCUGAAGGAACUAUUGUGUGCUGUCUUGAAGAAAAGCCUGGUGACCGGGGUAAGCUUGCCCGUGCAUCCGGAAACUAUGCUACAGUUAUUUCACACAAUCCCGAAACCAAGAAAACACGGGUGAAGCUACCUUCAGGCUCUAAGAAAGUGAUCUCCUCUGCAAACAGAGCCAUAGUUGGUGUUGUUGCUGGUGGAGGUCGUAUUGAUAAGCCCAUCCUUAAGGCAGGUCGUGCCUACCACAAAUAUAAGGCCAAGAGAAACUGCUGGCCUCGAGUCCGGGGUGUGGCCAUGAAUCCUGUGGAACAUCCCUUCGGAGGAGGUAAUCACCAGCAUAUUGGAAAACCGUCCACCAUUCGAAGAGAUGCCCCAGCUGGACGAAAGGUCGGUCUCAUCGCUGCCCGGCGUACUGGUCGACUCCGGGGUACCAAGACUGUACAGGAGAAGGAGAACUAAAGUACAGAAUCCUGACAAUAAAAAUUAUUUUGGAAGUUGUAUAAAUAGAAUUUAUAAAUAUUA